GGGUAAGAUAAGGGUGAAGUGGAUGGAGAGAUGGACGAAUGAUCAUCAUCCCCAAUUCUCGUCCAGCCAACAAAAAAACAAGCCCCCAUAAUUUGGGGUUGUAGAGAAAUCAACGAAGUGCUGUGAGCCUGUGCUACUAACUGGCAUCUGGUAACCGCUAACCUCGGCUCUACUCCUUCAAAUUAAAUGGGUUCAACCGCACAUUAUGGCCCACCGCUUUCAUUUUCAUUUCAUACUCACCAUAAAUAUGGUUGUUCAGUAGCUUCUACUACUCCAUUCCCAUUUCAUUCUCUCUCUUCUUCUUCCAUUCCAAGAAGACGUCUUAGAAACCUUUGUGUGGCUAUGGCUUCUGAAUCCAGCAAACCUACUGUUCUUGUUACUGGUGCUGGUGGAAGAACUGGACAAAUUGUUUACAGUAAGUUAAAGGAAAGAUCUGAUCAGUUCAAUGGAAGAGGUUUGGUCAGAACAGAAGAGAGUAAGCAGACAAUUGGUGGAGCAGAUGAUGUUUUCGUUGGAGAUAUUAGGGAUACUGAUAGCAUUACCCCUGCAAUCGAGGGUGUUGAUGCUCUUAUAAUUCUUACAAGUGCAGUGCCCAAAAUGAAGCCAGGAUCAAAUCCUGCUAGGGAGAGGCCUGAAUUUUGUUUUGACGAUGGAGCAUAUCCAGAGCAGGUUGACUGGAUUGGACAGAAGAACCAAAUCGAUGCUGCCAAAGCUGCUGGAGUAAAGCAAAUUGUCCUGGUUGGAUCUAUGGGAGGAACCGACCCUAAUCAUCCCCUCAACAGCCUUGGAAAUGGAAAUAUAUUGAUCUGGAAGAGAAAGGCGGAACAGUAUCUGGCUGAGUCUGGAAUGCCGUAUACAAUCAUAAGGGCUGGAGGCUUGCUGGACAAACCAGGAGGCCUCAGGGAAUUGCUUACUGGAAAAGAUGAUGAACUUCUUCAAACUCAAACGAGAACUGUGCCAAGGGCUGAUGUUGCAGAAGUCUGUAUUCAGGCUUUGCAAUUUGAGGAGGCAAAGUUCAAGGCUUUUGACUUGGCUUCGAAGCCGGAGGGGAGUGGUGAACCAACUACUGAUUUUAAAGCUCUGUUCUCCCAAGUCGCAACUCGUUUUUGAUUUUAGGGUAGCUAGAUUUUGGACUCUAUUACUUGUCAAACCCCAAUAAUAGGUGGAUCUUUUCUGACAAUCUGUGUGACUGUGGUUUGAGGCAGAAUUUCGUGUUAUUUACUGCCCGUAUAUUGGGGGUGUUUUUCUGUUGUGAAUGUGCAGGAAUGUGAUGUUCGAAAUGUAUGGAUAGAGGUAUCCAAAAUGGCUGCCAUCCAAAUUUUAACCAAAAAAAAUUCAAGAGAUGCUAUUCAAACCCA